UACGAGCAAGCGAAACUAACAAAUCCUAGCGAAAGCGACUCAAAACUACGAGAAAAUGUACACACGGUCAAACAGCACGACUCUGACUGUUGAGCGGGAGAGAUUCGCCUCAUGCAGGAUGACGAGCCGAAGCACGGAGCCGGAGGUUUUUACCUUUGAGCGGGUCCCGGCUCAGGCAACCGCCGUGCGCUCCUACGUGCCCAUCCGGCCGAAGAAGCGCUGCACCCGGGUCAUGUACCCCGCUAAAGUCCGCAUGCACCUUCCUCCUCCAGAGAAAAGCCAGGCCAAGCGCUGGCUGGUCAUCCUGUGCCUUGUGGUGCUGUGGCAGAUCUACACCGAAGAUCCUUGCACAGAGACGGCGCUGGGAAACACGGAGAGCCCGAUCGGCGACUACCAGGGUUUCUCCUUCCAGUCAGCGGAGGAGCAGGCUUGCCAGCUCUCCGACCUGUGCGCCAAACCCGAACUGAUGUCAGCCACGCCGAGCAACUGUGAGGACGGCGGAUCAUCCAACGAGCAGAUAAUCCCGAACCCCACCUGCUCCCAGCCCGGCCAAGAGACAGACACCAGCCGGUCCUUCGAGCAGAGCGCCGGGAAAAGCAUGGUGGCACUGCUGGUCUACCACAGGCUGGGCAGCGACAACUAAAACUAUCAGGACUGGUUUCACUGUAAACCGCCCCAGACACGGCUACUGGGUCCUAACCCGAACCGAGCAGGAGCUGAUCCUGAGUAGUUUUUGGAGAAGAGCGGUGCGCCCUGCGCGGUGUAGCCGGGAAAGGAGCUCCAUGCGCCGGCUAACAAGUCUCGCUCAAAGCCGAGCAGGACUAUUAGCAAGAAAUGAGACAACACUCGAAAGAAUCAAGGAACUGUGAAUACUGACAAGAAACUGAAACUUGAUUUUAAGAAAAACUUGAACUUUUCUCUAACGGCAUUAUAGGCCUGCUGGCAAAGUGAAUGUUUUACAUGUUUAAUUUUGUCAAGAAAAACUGUCACUACUAUAGGCCAGUUAAAUGAUACUGACACUGCUGUUGUUGUUGUUGUUGUAUAUAUGUUUUAUUUAGUUAUUUAUUAUAAUAUUUGCUAUUUAUUUAAUAAUA